AUGGACGUUGGACGAGAUCGACGGGGCUACGCGGAUAUGGCACAUCUCCUGCAAGGAUAUUUCGAUAAAUAUGGGGAUAAAAAAGGACCUAAAACUCUUCUUCUUGGUUGCUCGCACUUCGGACCCAAGGUCACAUGCGCCACCAUAUUUUCGCCCAAUAAAGGAGGAAAGAAGGGAAAGAAGCACAAGAAAGAUAAGAAGGAAAAGAAAGAUUGUCCAUCGAAGAAAGAACCCUGUCAAACGAAGAGGCAGCACCAGGAGAAAGGAAGCGAGCACGAGCAUUCCGCGCCUGCCCCUGGGAAAGAAUUAGCCCCACCUGCUAAGCACCCCGGAGAGAGCGAAUCUGCCGAUUCCCUCAAAGGGCAAGACUUACCGAAACCACCUAGCGGUUCCGAGAUGACAAACGAGAAUCCAUCUGUUGGUCCUCCCAUUAGGGAAGAAGGCGGCGAACAGAGCCUACCUUCCGGUUCGAAAAACGCACAUAGUCAAUCUGCCGGUCCCCAGGAGGGAGAAUCACUUGGAAACACUUCGUCUGUUGGCAAGGAAGGACCAAGCCAACAAUACCCGCCUAGCGAUAGAAGUGACCUAGGCAGAUCUGGUUUGCCUGAAAGAGAGGUAGAAGAGCGGGAUCCACCUCCCCAUUCCGCGCCUGCUGCUGAAAAAGAAUUAGCCCCACCUCCACCUCCCCAAGACAAAGAAAGCCACGGAACUAUGAAAUCUGGCAUAGUUCCAGCAUAG